UCGGUGGUUUGUGCGUUGCUUACGCUCAGCGUAGUGCAGUAGCAGUUGCGGUGGGGGCUAGGAAGACACCCCAGAACUUCCUGUUUCUUGCUUUGUCAGUGGCUUGCUGUAGCGUUUGUAUACGUUUGCUGCCAGUCGGUUGUGUUUGUUUAUGGUAAAUGUGUCCGAAAACAACGGUUGAUCUUUCGAAGGAUAUAUUAAAAGAAUAAACAUCACAUUCCAGUAGUUUUAGUAGCACGAGAUACAAAGAUGAAAUAAAAUUGUCAUUAGCUAAGUCCUUCUAGUACUACAACAUCCAUCAGCGAUCUGCGACUGCAGAGGACACACUUCCGGACUUCAUCUUUCAUUUUUCUAACAGCAGUAGGUUGGUGGUAGAAGAAAGAAAACGAUACAUUAUCAUAUAGGUGUUUUUGAGCUGCAAGCCGAUAUUACUCAGUCAUGUGGGAUGGUGCUCGACCAGGUCCACGAGGAGGACCGCCCUUACGUGGGGAUCCUCGUGGGGAAAUGUUUAACCGCAGAGAAUGUCCAGAAUUUCGAGGGAGAGAGUCGAUGCCCAUGGGCCACAGGCCACCUGACCGACCACCUAUAGAUAUGAGGCGAUUUGAUCGUCCAUCUGAAAUGAGACCUCGAGAAAUGGAACCAUCAGACAUUCGGGGAAGAGAUCCACACAGGGAAUUCUUCAGACCAGGAGAAGAAGGUGAUAUGGGUAUGAGAAAGCAAUAUGAAAUGGAAAUGAGAAACAAACUACAAGGCCCUCCAAAUUUUAUGGGUCCAGUCCGACACCCCUUAGACAUGGGUGGAAGGGACAUGAAACCCAGGGGCAUGAGAGAAGGGGGUGGACCAUUUGUAGAUAGAGACAGAUUCCGCAGUGAUAUGCCAGGAUUCAGUGAACCUCCAAUGGAUUCCAGGAGGCGACACCCCAUGAACAUUGGAGGAAGAGAUGAGGGUUUUAGGGAUGCUCAUGAGAGGGAUAGGCCUCGCAUGGUUAUGAAGGAUGGAUUUAACAUGGAUGUGCAACCAAGAGAGAGGGACAUGAUGGACUUUGAGAGGAGAAAUGCUCCUCCAUUAAAUCCUAGGACAAGAUUUGAAUCUGACAUGGACUUCAGGAACCGCAUGCGGCCUCCAGCUGAGUUUAGGGACAGAUCCCCUCAGAGGUUUGGAGAGAAUGAUGGGGCACCUAUGGAUGUUCGAGGAAGGACUGAGAUGCCCCCUGACUUUGGUGGCCUAAACAGAUCCAAGUUUCGCGGAGGAGAGGGGAAUUUCAGAGAACAACAGUUUCCGGAGCAGAGAGAAGCCGCAGUGGGGUUACGGGGAGGAGAAGGUGAACCCUCUCCGGAGGAGUGGCAUGGCCGAGACAUGAGGGAAAGAGGUUCUUUUGUGCCACAUAUGAAGGGAGGUCCACCUUUUCCAAAAGUCAGAGAGAGGCUUCCUCCACCCAGGGGCAGAGAGGGUGGUCCUGCAGAUCCCCCAAAAUUCCCUGGAGGAGAAAGGCCACCUGUGGAUUUCCCUGCUGAUGGUGAAAAAUCUUAUGGCUUCCGUCCUCCUGGAAGAGAGGGUUUAGAUUCACAGAAUUGGGAAAAGAAUGCACCCCCGGAACAUCACUUUCCUGGUCGCGACUUGGCCCCAUAUAGCCGGAAAGGCCUCCAGGACCCCCCACGGCAUCACUUUGACACGCCACCCCUAAAUGUUUCAAGCAGAGAUAAUGAUAAUAAGGUCUGGCCCAGGGAGCAGGACCAGUCAAUAAGAGGCAGGCCUCCAUAUCUUAGAGGAAUGGACACACAAGGAAAACACCUUGACCCUCAUGGGCCAGAUAAUUGUGCUUCCUUUGAUGGGCCAAAGGACCUGACUCCUAAUCAGGGACCUGAGAGAGGGAACCUGUCUGGAGGGCAGAAAGAAUUUGCGGACAAUGGCAGAGACCAGGACUAUAGGGACAUUGAUUAUAGAACAGGUUCUGGUCACACAUACGAGUAUGAGCUCGGGGAAGACCAAGGAACAGAAAACACUCCAGUAGAACCCAAAUCGCUCCCACCUCAAGGAUUCAGUGACUCUGUGUCUCAGGAUCAAGAUUACAGAAAUGCAUCAGUACAAGAGAAGGUAUCCAAUACCAUCUCCAUAACAGGAAUUCCUAAAACGGCAACAAUGGAGCAGAUCCUUGGUGCAUUUGCAGUCCGUGAUGGUGUCCCCAUGCAAGGCAUGAAAAUAAAGAAUGUUGUGCCAGGUUACAGCUACGAUACGGCCUAUGUGGAGUUUUUAAACCUCGAGGAUGCAGUCCACUUCAUGGAGUCCAACCAGGGAGCCCUGAAGGUUGGCACUAAGACAGCAUUGAUGAGAUAUAUACAGCCUGAGGGAACCAGCGUAGCGGCAUCUCCUGCACGGCAGAAGGAUGCACAGCCUCUGGAGCCUCCCCUUACUGGACCACCUCCAAUAAAUAUGGAGCCCCCAGAGAUGGCCAGCGAAGACGGCCAAGGUCCCAAGCUGAGGAAUGACGCGAUGGCUCCAGGCCAGUGGCAGCGCAGCUCUAGCCUCACCCCGGAGGCCUGGCAGCAGCAGGUGGAUCAGCAGCUGCAACAGCAGAAGCAGGCAGAGUCCCUGGUCACCCGGAACCUGAGACCUCCACUUCAUCCCAUGGACCCCAUCUUUAAAGAAAGCAAGACCAUGAUCAUUAAGAAUGUGAAGCCCACCACCACAGUAGAAACGAUUCUGAAAGCCCUGGACCCCUAUGCCUACCUGGAUGAGAGGAAUGUACGACUGGUCAAGGGAAAGCCCUUGGGUACUAAGUGCUUCUGCUUUGUAGACAUGGACUCGAAUGAGCAAGUGACUCGACUGGUGGAGAUCCUGACCAAACCUCCCCCUCUUAUUAUUGAUGGAGUGCGAGUUUACGUUGAGGUUGCAAAGCCUUUAAAGAAUCAGAAUUAUAGGAGGGAGUUUGACAAAUCUGGCACCUCCCUUUUGGGGUACCCUUCAGACGUCAUGGAGCAGUACUAUGCCCAGCCUGCUCAAGUACCCCUAGGGAGUCCAGCCAUCAUUCAAGGGGAGCCUUUAUCGCAGCUAAGCGGAGAUAAUGCUGUAGCCGCUGACCCUCAUUUGAGUGCUAACAUGGUGCAGGUGAUACCUUAUGCUGAGCCCCCGGCAGCUGACGGCUCCUUCCCGGCUGCUGAUUCACAGGCAUCCGGUGCUGCCGUGGCGCCCGAGGGUGCUGAUGCCUACAGUUAUGCAGCAGAGGCUCCGGACAUGUCGUCUUACCUAUAUGAUGCCACAUCUGGCUUCUACUAUGACCCACAGACUACUCUUUACUAUGACCCCAGCUCAAGGUAUUUCUACAAUGCACAAACUCAGCAAUACCUGUACUGGGACACUGUUACCAAGGCAUACAUCCCAGUGCCGGGUUAUACCACAGACACACAGCCACCAGUGGUCCAGGCUGGUGCUCCAGUUGUCCAGGCUAGUUCCACUGUAGUCCAGACAAGUGCCACUGUAGUCCACACCAGUGCUCCUGUGGUCCAAGCUAACUCUACAGUGGUCCACACUGGCACUGCUGUGGCAGCAGUCCACGAGCCCCAAGUACAGGAUGCCCAGCAGGAGGUGAGGAAGACUGCCGAAGCAACAUCAGAGAGGAAGGAAGAAGAGGAACCUGCACCUCGUGCUGAAAAGAAGGAAAAGGAAGAUAAGCCCAGAAGUUUGGCAGCAUUCAAGAUCAUGAAAGACAUGGAGCGCUGGGCCAAGAUCCAGAACCGGCAAAAGGAGAGUGUCCGUGUGCCAUCACCAGUUCUGAAGACGCCGGGUGGAGUGGAGGAUAGAAAGACCUCCAAGGCUGCUGAUGCUGCCUUCGCUAUUUUUGAGAGGAAGGGCACAGCUGGAGAAGAUCUAUUCAAGAAACCAUUGGCUCCACCAAAAAAAGAAGAGAAGGGCAAGCGGCCAAUGGGUUCUUUGGAGCUGCUGGUGGCGGACUACGGAGCUGGCAGUGAUGAGGAAGAGGAGGAGAAACACGAGCCCGCACGGACGGCGGCAGCCAGCCAGCCAGAGGAGAAGGAGGACAAGUUGACCGACUGGAAGAAGAUGGCCUGCCUGCUGUGCCGGAGGCAGUUCCCCAACAAGGAUGCGUUGGUGCGACACCAGCAGCUCUCUGACCUGCACAAGCAAAACAUGGAAAUCCAUCUGAAGAUUAAACGAUCAAAGAAGGAGCUGGAAGCUCUGGAGAACCAGGAGAAACAACUGAACACUAGAGAAAGAGACUUGAGUGGUUCUCCAGAAUUCAAAAGAAAGAAGUAUCAGAACACAUGGUCAAGUGGUUCCAGAGAGAUGCAUAAGGUUGGGGAGAGACCUGGACUGGGUGCCGAGACUAUGGAGAGGAAGAAGAAGGAGCCCGUAGUGUGGAACCAUGCCACGUAUAAGCAAGCGGUGCGCAAAGCAAUGUUCGCCCGCUUCAAGGAGCUGGAGUGAGAACGUCCUGUACAGCAUCCUGGAAUGUGAUUUCAGACGUCCGUCUUCGCUAUCACCCAUCAGCUGCUGCCUUUUUCCAGGCUGCUCUGUGUAACUUUUCUUGACCUGGGAGUCUCAGUUGAAAUCAUUCCCAGUUGGCUUUAGCAACAUCCUCCUUCAGGGAAUGAACAACACUGGGCAAGCUAGUGAUACUGCCCACUGGUCCGAGAUCAGUUACUGAGCAUGCAGGGGAAAGGUUUCAUUUGUGGUUGGUGAAUGUGUUCAUGUUAAGCAGCCCUAUUUUUUGGCUGUGUUCAACAAAUCACACUUGCAGACACAAGUAAAUGUGGAUCUACAUCCCAUACCCAGUGGUGAGUGUAGCCCCUUGGCAGCUUCUGACAGUGAGUACAGCUGGCUACAGCAUUUUCCACUUUUAUUUUUCCCCUUGAGGGUUUACUUUUGUCUGAUGGAUUUCAGAGAGAUUUUAAGUAUUUUCUGUACAGUAGACUCCUUGUAUAUUAUAAUAUAGUCAUAAUACUGUAGCCAAAUGUACCAGGCCCACUCUGUUCACCACUGAAUCUUGUGUAAUGUGCCAGCAUUUGGUUCCAGCAACACUAUAGCAUUUGUUUUAACAUAAUGCAGUUUUUAUAUGAUUUUUUUUGCCCUGAUAUGUUCAGUACAUUGAAUUGUGUACAUUGUUUUAGUUUAAAAAUGUAACAAAAAAAAAACUCUAAAAUCC